CUCCACUGGGCUGAUCCCCUCCUCUUCCCUCUUCCCUCUCUUCUCCCCUCCCCACCAUUGCUACUACUAAUAGCUCCUGUUUCGCCCCUGGGUGGUUUGCUAGUCUCCCACCUCCAAAGUAAUCCUCUGCGAGGAUUUUCAUGUCAUAGUACCUCUAUCUUAUAACCUCCUCUUUUUUCUCACCAUUUUGUUUUUCUGUCCCACUGUAUCAUGACCCGCCCUGAAGACGACCUGGCCUAUGGCCAGUACUACCAGGACUCGGCCCGGGGAGCCUCUUCCGGAGACUCUUCCAGGGGUCUGAGUGACACUUUCAAGAAGCUCAAGCAGACCUACAAGUCUCACCAGUCGCAACAGGGCUCUUCCCAGCAGACUCAGCAGUCGCAGCAAUCCCAGUCUGCCAGCUAUUACAAUACUUCGAACCAGACCUACCAGUCCCAAGGUCCCUCGCCGUCCCAGCCACACCCUCCCCCUCAGCAACAACAACUACCCCAUCCGUCGAAACCCCAGAAGCAGGACAAAUUCUCCGGCUUGUUUGGCAAGCUCGAGGAAUUGGGCAAUGAGGUGGCACAGAAACUGGGUACCGCGCUCGACCCCCAGGCUUAUGCCGAGUAUGGCGCACCAAAGCCGCAGACGGAGAACCGCUUCGGGAGCUUUGCAUCCCCGCGUCAGGGUAACGAGGUUAAGUGGCACGUGGAUGGUUGUGCCUACUUCUAUGCGGUGUCCAAGGCAUUGGAGAGUGCCAAGGAGUAUAUCUGGAUUCUGGACUGGUGGCUUUCUCCGGAACUUUACCUAAGACGUCCCCCAGCGAAGCACGAACAGUACCGGCUGGAUCGGAUGCUGUUGGCUGCAGCACAGCGCGGUGUCCGGGUGAACAUCAUCGUGUACAAGGAAGUGACCCAGGCACUGACCCUUUCCUCCCAUCACACCAAGCACCAUCUGGAAGAUCUCCACGAAAACAUUGCCGUAUUCCGUCACCCCGAUCAUCUUCCCGACCGCCAGGAACUCGAAGCGUCCAUCCACACGUCUCUCCAGAACCUAUCUCUCGAUGCCGGCAACCUGGCUAAGAUGUCUGAAGAUGCCAUCAAGGGCCUCUACGGCAUGCACGAGGAUGUCAUUCUGUACUGGGCUCACCACGAAAAGCUUUGCCUCAUUGAUGGCCGCAUUGCCUUCAUGGGCGGUCUAGAUAUGUGCUUUGGCCGCUGGGACACCAAUCAGCAUGAACUGGCGGACGUGCAUGGCCAGGACCUGAACAAGAUUGUCUUCCCUGGUCAGGACUACAACAACGCCAGAGUGAGCGACUUCCACGACGUUGCCCACUGGGAGCAGAACCAGCUGGAUCGGAAGGACACCUCUCGCAUGGGCUGGUCCGACAUCUCGGUCAGCUUGCACGGUCCGGUCGUUGAAGAUCUGAGGAAGCACUUCGUUCAGCGGUGGAACUUCAUCUAUGACUCCAAGUACCAGUCGCGCAACAACUCGAGAUACGCCAGAUUGUCCCUGUACGGCCGGCCCACCUCAGGCCCUCAGCAGCAAGGUCCCCAACAGGGUGGUCAGGCUCAGAAGCCGCCUGCAUCCCCUCAGCCUGGCGCCACUGGCCCUCCUGCACCAAGCUGGCAACAGCAGGCUGCGUCUCCCCAGCCGGGGGCGAACCCUGGUCCUCCCGCUCCCAGCUGGCAGCAACAGGCAGCUCCGUCGCAGAGUGCCCAGCCGCCUAGUACUAGCAGCUCUUCUACCCCUAGCUGGCAGCAGCAGCAGACCGGGGUUGCUACGACUCAUCCUUCCAGCACUGCUCACCCCGCGACACCAACCUGGCAGCAGCAGCAGCAGCAGCAGACCGGAGUUGCAGCUACUCAGCCUCCCAGCACUGCUAACCCCGCGACACCAACCUGGCAGCAGCAGGCACCGGCACCCCAGGGUGGCUACCCUGUCAGUCACUCCCCCAACCCGAGCAGCCAAGAGAAGCCCAGCUGGCAACAACAGACUGCGCAGCCCAGCAGCUACAACCAACCCCCGGCGCAAAACACCGGUAGCCAGGAGAAACCUAGCUGGCAACAGCAGCCUGCACAGCCUACCGGCUACAGCCAGCCCCAGACGCAAAGCACUGGCAGUCAAGAGAAGCCCAGCUGGCAACAGCAGAGCUCGGAGCCACCCGCGUACUCGGCUCACCCACAGCAGCACUACACGUACAGUGGUGACUCCUUUCCUCCACCCCCUCCUGGUCCCCCGCCAGCCCAAGGUACUGCGCAGACGUCUUAUCAGGCGUACAAUCCCCAGCAGCAGCAGCAGCAGCCUCCGAGCCAUACACCUACCCAAGCCCAGAGUCAAGGCCAGACCCAGUACUACCCGCCUCCUCCGAGCCAGGAGAUCCAUCACUCGCAGACCCGCGGUAUCCACGAUGCAUCGGGCGGUUAUGGCGACUCUGAGAGGGGCUUCAACCCCCGCCGUCUGCGUGAGAACUUCAUGGACUACGGCAACGUCCUGCGCGGCGAAUUGGCAGGCCAGAUUCAUCAGUACCAGGAUCGUUUCUCCACUCAUGGCCGUCAAGCCAGUCAGCCCCGUGGUAACAUGACCUGCCAGAUUGUGCGCAGCUGCUCGAAGUGGAGUAACGGCACUCCGACCGAACACUCUAUUCAGGAUGCGUACGCUGCGGUCAUUCGCAACAGUCAGCACUUUAUCUACAUUGAAAACCAGUUCUUCAUCACGGCGACUGGCGAUGCGCAGAAGCCGGUGGAGAACAAGAUUGGUGUUGCCAUUGUGGAGCGUAUUCUGCGCGCAGCCCGUGCUGGGGAGAAGUUCAAGAUCAUUGUCGUGAUCCCCUCCGUUCCUUGCUUUGCCGGAGACUUGAGCGAUGAGUCCACCCUUGGUACUCGCGCGAUCAUGGAGUUCCAGUACAACUGCAUCAACCGUGGAGGUAGCAGCAUCAUGGAGAUGAUUGCCAAGGAAGGUUUCAACCCGAUGGACUACAUCCGGUUCUAUAACCUGCGUAACUACGACCGCAUCAAUGUCAGUGGCCCGCUGAUGCAGGCCGAACAGCAGAGCGGCGUCAAUUACGAGGAUGCCCGCAAGCAGCAGGAUGUGGCGACCGGUGGCCCUGGUAGUUAUGGUCCCGGUGCUCCUCGGGCAGCUUUCGACACCACUGCGCCUUACCAGCAGUACCAGCAGGCUGCCCAGCAGGUGGGCGGCAAGUCAGGCCAGUGGGAUAGUGUGAGUAGCUGCUACAUGCUCAAUGGUCCGGACAUUCGCAAUGUCCCCUGGAAUGGACCUCCAGAGGCUGAGAUUGAUGCAUUUGUCACCGAGGAGCUCUAUGUUCACUCCAAGGUGAUGGUCGCCGACGACCGUGUUGCCAUUGUCGGAUCGGCCAACUUGAAUGAUCGCUCUCAGCUGGGAACUCACGACUCGGAAAUUGCCAUCGUCAUUGAGGACCACACCCCUGUGCAGUCCCGCAUGAACGGCCAGCCCUGGACUGCCAGCCGGUUCGCCGCCUCCCUUCGUCGCCAGCUCUUCCGCAAGCACUUGGGACUGCUGCCACCCCAGGACCCGGAGCGACCGGAUGGCAACUUUGAGCCAGUGGGCGUUCCCAACACCACCGACUUUGAGUCACCCGAGAGCCAGGUUGUCGCCGAUCCGCUGGCGGAUACACUACACAGUAUGUGGAAUACGCGGGCUCGGACGAACACGGAAGUGUUCCGCAAGGUCUUCCAUUCUGUUCCGGAUGACACCGUGCGCAACUGGGCCACGUACAAGGAGUUCUACGGAUACUACUUCCAUAACGCGGACAAGCAGGCGUAUGGCGAGGACGAGUCCAGACCUGCUCGCUACAAGUAUGGGCACGUGGUCCGCGACGACUUCCCUCCGGGUCCGGAGGGAGUCAGGCAAGUCAAAGAACUGCUCAGCCAGGUCAAGGGCACGUUGGUGGAGAUGCCUUUGAUGUUCCUGAUUGAGGAGGAUGUGGCGAAGGAGGGGUUGACGCUGAAUGAAAUUACGGAGCCAAUCUACACUUGAUUGCAUUUGAUUUGACGAGAUAAGCGGAUUGCCAUAGCUUUGUUAGGGAUACUAGCCAUGAAUUUAUUCUUUGAUUGAAGCAGAUGAAGUGUGGUUGAUGUUGAUAUUGUUCUCGAGAACAAUACUAAGCGGGUGGUUCUGAUUGGGUGCCACCGCCCGUCGAUAAAGUAUAUGCACCGAAAAUCCGGGGAUUCCCAUUGCCGAUAAUGUUGUCUGCUCCAGCUAUUCGUGUGCCCUGCAGUCAAAGAUGUCUUACAGCUUUCAAACUGAAUAUGCACCCACAUGACUUUAUUUGCCUACACACAAUGUACAACACUUCCAUCUGCGUUACAUCGAUUCCCGAUGCAGACAGUCUAUCUCAGCAGGUACCCGCGACAAUCCGGUACCUUUCGUAUUCAUCCAUUCCCGCCCUGGUUCUGAUAGAGCUUCUGUCGAACUAGCCUCACCAGGAACAAUAGAGCCAUAGAUAGUAUUGACUGGGACGCCC